AAUUUCCUGAAUUUACAUCUUUCGUUCUGAUUUAUGUUGAGUGAAAUGUUGAAGUAAAACGAUCGAAAACUGUUAUUGAUAAUGAGUCGGAAUAGAUUUGUUAGAGGUUCAUAAGAGAAAAAGGGAAUGAGAAUAGGACGCAGGAUUAUUUAUUGCGGUUGCGAACAUUGAAACUUGCGCGUGGUAGCCUGGCGCUUUAGUCGCUUUGCCGAUUGUGCAUUUAGAUACUAGAGAUAAGUGCGUUUCUACCAGGUUCAGCCGAUGUCGCAACGAUUCAAUCUAACCUCCGAAAAAAACUAGCAGCGUCCUACUCGAAGUAACUGUCAGUUCACGGUACGUCAUCGUGAGGGGAUUCGAUUAAGGUUACUUCGUGUUAUUCCCAACUUCUAUUUGUUCAUCAACCGAUAAGCGAGUCUACGUCCGCGACACAUGGCUAACAGAUCGUUGCUAGAUGGUAAAUCAUAAAAAUCUGAUCACGUCGAAGCUAAGGAUAAGAAUAGUGUCUCAAUCGAAGAAUUGGAACGGUAUUCGCCACGGCUUUCACAGAGAUGGUUGGAUUGGCGGGCGGGGGAGGUCAUCUGUAUCCCUCGCCCCCAAUGCAACCUAAUCCAGAAUUGAGAGAAAUGACAGGAAUUGCUCCUAGUGCUCCAACCAGUGCAGAUGCAUGUUUGAGCAUAGUGCAUUCUCUCAUGUGUCAUCGCCAGGGUGGUGAGAGUGAAGGUUUCAGUAAAAGAGCCAUUGAAUCUUUAGUGAAAAAACUAAAAGAAAAACGAGACGAGUUAGAUAGCUUGAUAACUGCUAUUACUACAAACGGAGCUCAUCCAAGUAAAUGUGUCACGAUCCAGAGAACACUGGAUGGGAGGCUUCAAGUUGCCGGUCGUAAGGGUUUCCCACACGUUAUUUACGCGAGAAUCUGGAGAUGGCCAGAUUUACACAAGAACGAAUUAAAACAUGUCAAGUACUGCCAGUUUGCUUUUGACUUAAAAUGCGAUUCUGUAUGCGUGAACCCAUAUCACUAUGAGCGGGUUGUAUCUCCUGGCAUAGACCCGUUCUUUACAGACCUAUCUGGACUAACUCUACAGUCGGGCGUAGGCGUGGGACCAGGUGGUAGAUUGGUCAAAGAUGAGUAUUCGGUUGGCGGUGGAGGAACCGCUGCGGCUGGAGCGGUAGCGUCUGCGAUGGACGUUGACGGAGAGAUGAACCAAACUAUUCAACAUCAUCCGCCUGCUCAACCCACCUCGUCUAAUAACACUCAACCAUCGCAGCAGACUUUCAUACCCGGCCUAGCACCACCCAAUCCAACUAGUGGUGAGGGUGUGUUUGGCAGUAAUGGGGGAGGGAAUAGUGGUGGUAACCCACACAAUAAAUUGGAUGACAAUAGUUGUCCCAGACAAACCUGGAUUCCUACACCUCAUCAUCCUACGACACGUAACAUUCAUCAUCCAGUAGUACAUCCAAUGAGUCACACCGUAGGUAGCCAACAGCAGCCCUUGAGCACGUCCAGUGGAGGCAACGGGGCACAGAUGCUGAGUCCUUCGCAAGGACAAUCUACCGAAACAUUUUACGGAACGAAUACACCACCACAGGACAUUAAUCAGCCGCCUACCGUUGACGCAUUAGCAUCUUUAGUAUCCACAGGUGAAGGUCAAAACUCUCCCGUAUCACCCGUACACCUACAUCAUCCGAAUGGAUUUCCAGUUGGCACAGCCGCUUACAAUUCAGGGGCGCCUCAAUGGACUGGACCUAAUACUCUCACAUAUACUCAAAGUAUGCAACCACCGGACCAUAGACACCUUCACCCUACGUCUUAUUGGGGUGGUCACGGGGGUGAAGUAGGUGGCAACAUCGGCGGUUUGUUAUCUACCCAACCAGCGCCAGAAUAUUGGUGUUCCGUUGGCUACUUUGAAUUAGAUACUCAAGUGGGGGAAACGUUUAAAGUAAGCAGCGGUUGUCCUACCGUAACCGUCGACGGAUACGUAGACCCAAGCGGCGGUAAUAGAUUUUGCUUAGGAGCUUUAAGCAAUGUACACAGAACGGAACAAAGUGAGAAAGCUCGUCUUCACAUAGGAAAGGGAGUCGUAUUAGAUUUAAGGGGCGAAGGAGACGUUUGGUUGAGAUGCCAAAGCGAACAUAGUGUCUUUGUACAGUCUUACUAUUUAGACAGAGAGGCAGGUCGUGCGCCCGGUGAUGCUGUGCAUAAAAUUUAUCCUUCCGCGUAUAUUAAAGUGUUCGAUCUUCGGCAGUGUCAUAAACAAAUGAGAGGGCAGGCGGCUACUGCUCAAGCGGCAGCCGCGGCGCAAGCUGCAGCCGUGGCAGGACACUUGACGCACGGAGCGCCGAUUACUAAGAGUCUUAGCGCAGCAGCAGGGAUAGGCGUAGAUGAUCUCCGACGACUCUGCAUUUUACGUUUGAGUUUCGUAAAGGGUUGGGGUCCCGAUUAUCCCCGGCAAAGUAUAAAAGAGACACCAUGCUGGAUAGAGGUACACUUACAUCGAGCCCUUCAGUUGUUAGAUGAAGUUUUACAUACGAUGCCGAUAGAUGGUCCACGGGGAAUUGAAUAAUUUUAUUUAAUUUUGGACAAUAUCUAUGUUACAAAAGACAUCACAUCGCUACAAACUCUGCGUCAAGUGUGCAAAAUGUAUAAAGCGCGUACGCGUGCGAUAUUGUGUUGUAUCGUGUGAAACUUUAUAAGAUAAUCAUCGCGGAUAACGUUUCGCACGGGAACAUUGCGAUCUUUAGAUUCGGCAGGAAACAUCCCGAGAUCUACGUCGAGAUUUUUUAUAUAUUUUCCACACAUGAUUUAUCGCACAGAAUGAAGUGUGUGCCACGGCCUUGCAUUACCGUCAACGUACAAACGUUUCGCGAAGAAGAUAUUAUUUUUCUUUAUGAAAAAUUAUUUUUUAAGAAGAAGGAAGCGCAUCUACAGAAAGAAAUGAAGGUAGGGCGAUAGGCUUCUAUUUUAUAAUAGGCAGUCGCUAUCUGAUUUAAGAGGAGAGGGAAGAAAUAAUACAUUUUCCAUGGCAUGGCCUGGUGAGCUCAGCGAAAUGCGUGGGUAAAUCGUGAUACUUUCGGAAACAUUAAUAGUCACAAUCUCGUUUUUUGAGAUUAGCUUUGUAAGAUAGCGUAACUGACAUAUAUCCUACUUAAAGAACAGUAACAAGAUUUAAAUACAGUGUUUAUGUCGAAAAUACAACAACGGUGAAAGGA